GCUUCAAACACAACCACGCCACCACUACUACUCUAUCUCUCAAGAAUCUAAGAAUUCUAUAGAGAUUGAGAGGGACCAACUUCAGUGCUCUUCCUACCUUAGAAGUCAGGCUAUCUUAUUAUAUAGAAGUACAAUUCUGUAGAGGCUGCAAUGCAUUUUGGCUCCGACUUCUCUACCAGAAAUAAGUUAGCACUUAGCAGGCCCUCUUGAGAGAAAUGAAAGUUUGCGCAACUCCUCUUCAGGGGAGCUUUAAAGAUUAGAUGUUGAUGCUAGUUGAUGAUAUGAAGUUCCGUCUGAGUCUCUCAAGUUCAUAAAAAAGAUAAAGCAAGAGAAGCAUCUGUAUUGAUUACAAAGCUGAAUAUUUUUUAUGGCUAGGGAUGGAUGGCCUUAUUUUGAUCCUGAAUAUGAAACUUUAAGCAUAAGAAUAAACCCCCCAAGCGUGGCUGUUGAUAACACUAGUUGCAAGGACUGCACUCUAGUCAAGGUUGACAGUCUAAACAAACCAGGAAUACUGUUGGAAGUGGUGCAAAUCCUGUCUGACCUAGAUCUGAUUAUCACUAAAGCAUACAUAUCAUCUGAUGGUGGGUGGUUCAUGGAUGUGUUCCAUGUUACUGACCAACAUGGAAAUAAGAUUACAGAGAGCAAUACCAUUGAACAUAUUGAGAAGGCUCUAGGACCUAAAGGCCACACAGCAGAUGUAUUGAAGACUUGGCAAGGGAAGCAGGUGGGGGUGCACUCCAGUGGUGAUCACACAGCUAUUGAGCUCACUGGGAGGGACCGACCGGGUCUCUUAUCUGAGAUUUUUGCUGUCCUUGCUAAUCUUCACUUCAAUGUCAUUGCUGCUGAAGUUUGGACACAUAACAGGAGAAUAGCGUGUCUUCUUUAUGUCAAUGAUGAUUCAACAUGCCGUGCUGUGGAUGAUCCCUCUCGGUUAUCUACCAUGGGAGUUCAGCUCAAUAACAUUCUCCGCGGGUGUGAAGAUGAUAGAAAUGUAGCUCGUACUAAUUUCUCUGCAAGUGUCACCCAUGUUGAUCGACGACUCCACCAGAUGUUAUUUGCUGAUAGGGACUAUGAAGGUGGUUGCUUGUCAACUGAGGCUGAGUAUCCCCCUUCAUUCACACCAAAAAUAACAAUAGAUCGGUGUGUGGAGAAGGGAUACUCAGUGGUCACUGUAAGUUGCAAAGACAGGUCAAAGCUAAUGUUUGACAUUGUGUGCACACUUACAGAUAUGCAGUAUGUGGUUUUCCAUGCCACUAUUACAUCUGAUGGCCCCUAUGCAUCACAGGAAUAUUAUAUUCGCCACAUGGAUGGCUGUACUCUUGACACUGAAGGAGAAAAGCAAAGGGUUAUCAAAUGUCUUGAAGCUGCAAUCAGACGGAGAGUAAGUGAGGACCUAAUCCUGGAGCUAUGUGCGAAGGACCGAGUUGGCCUGCUUUCUGAGGUAACAAGAGUUCUUCGAGAAAAUGGACUGUCUGUUACAAGAGCAGGAGUCACGACGGUCGGCGAGCAAGCAAUGCAUGUAUUCUACGUUAGAGAUGCUUCAGGUGAUCCUGUAGACAUGAAGACAAUAGAAGGCCUACGGAAAGAAAUUGGACAGACCAUGAUGCUUAAUGUGAAGAAAGUCCAAACAUGUGUCAAAGCACCUGAAUCAAGCAGCUGGUCUAAGACAAGCUUUUCCUUUGGCAGUUUGCUGGGAAAAUUCCGCAACUGAACUCUUUCCAUGUACAUAAACCUGCAGCAUCAGGUUUGUCACAGGGUUGUUUUUUGUAUGGCUAUUGGUGUUCAAGUAAGAUCAGUUUGCGAAGAUCUUGAAAACCAAUGCAUCUUUUUCACUUAUGUGAAGUAAAUUUUUCUUUCUUGGGUGCACAUUUGAUGUUGAACUGAUCUUUAAGCCAAGUAAAACUGUUUUUAAAGGAAAAGAAAUAUGUCUUUCAACGAUUGUUGAUAAGAUUUCCAGCUCA